UCUCACUCUCUAAUUUCUCUCACCAAUACACAUCUCUAUCGCCGGGAACAAACUCUGUCAGAAAAGAUAACGGAAUUCCACUUUUCCCUUUCCCAUUUUACCCUUCAAACCAUCUCCGUCAUAAACAAUGAUCACCGGCCAUGACUUCUACACCGUCAUGUCCGCCAUGGUCCCAUUAUACGUCGCCAUGAUCCUCGCCUACGGCAGCGUCCGCUGGUGGAAGAUAUUCACCCCUGACCAAUGCUCCGGCAUCAACCGCUUCGUCGCCAUUUUCGCCGUCCCUCUUCUCUCCUUCCACUUCAUCUCCAUGAACGACCCGUACGCGAUGAACUUCCGGUUCAUCGCGGCGGAUACGCUUCAGAAGAUUAUCAUGCUUGUGGUGCUUACAUUGUGGGCCAACUUCACUAAAAAUGGAAGUUUGGAAUGGAUGAUAACGAUCUUUUCGUUAUCUACGUUACCAAACACUUUAGUUAUGGGGAUUCCACUUUUGAUUGCUAUGUACGGAGAAUAUUCUGGGUCUUUGAUGGUACAAGUAGUGGUGUUGCAGUGCAUUAUAUGGUACACUUUGCUUUUGUUUUUGUUUGAGUAUAGGGGGGCAAAGAUGUUGAUCAUGGAGCAAUUUCCGGAGACGGCGGCUUCGAUUGUGUCGUUUAAGGUCGAAUCGGAUGUGGUGUCGCUCGACGGACAUGAUUUUUUGGAGACGGAUGCGGAGAUUGGGAACGACGGGAAGUUACAUGUGACGGUGAGGAAGUCGAACGCGUCGAGACGGUCGUUGGGGAUUGGGUCGGUUUCGGGGAUGACUCCGCGCCCGUCGAAUUUGACGGGUGCGGAGAUUUAUAGUUUGAGCUCGUCGAGGAACCAGACGCCGAGAGGGUCGAAUUUUAAUCACUCGGAUUUUUACUCCAUGAUGGGGUUUCCGGGUGGAAGGUUGUCGAAUUUUGGUCCGGCGGACGCGUAUUCGGUUCAGUCGUCUAGAGGCCCGACUCCUAGACCGUCGAAUUUUGAAGAGAGCACGGCUCCGGGGCCUCUUAAUAUGAAUUCCCCGAGGUUUGGGUUUUAUCCUGCGGCGCAGGCUGCGCCAGCGUCUUAUCCUGCACCAAAUCCUGAAAUAACCUCGAGUGCAGGGAACACUGCUAAAGGUCAACAGUCAAAGACCGUACAACAACAACCACAACAAAAUGUAUCUCAAAAUAAAACCAACCCUGACGCAAAAGAGCUCCACAUGUUCGUGUGGAGCUCUAACGCGUCUCCAGUUUCUGAUGGAACUGGGCUCCACGUGUUUGGAGGUAAUGAUUUCGGGUCGACCACAGAACAGCCAAGUCGACCCGAAAACCAAGCCGUCAAGGAAAUCAAAAUGACGGUCCCAUCUGAUCUCCACCAAAAUGGCGAAACUAAAGAAGAUUUCACUUUUGGUGGAGACCGAGUUGGAGACGAAGACAAGGGUCAAAACGGGCUGAACAAACUAGGUUCGAGUUCUACGGCGGAGCUCCACCCAAAGGGUGUUCCGAUCGACGACAAUGGUGCCGGAAAACAAAUGCCGCCGGCGAGUGUGAUGACGCGCUUGAUCUUGAUUAUGGUUUGGAGGAAACUGAUCAGGAACCCCAACACUUAUUCUAGUCUCAUUGGUUUAAUUUGGUCUCUUGUUUCAUUCAGAUGGCAUUUGGCAAUGCCAAAAAUAAUUGAAAAAUCUAUCUCAAUACUCUCGGAUGCUGGUCUUGGAAUGGCUAUGUUUAGCUUAGGUUUGUUUAUGGCACUUCAACCCAAGAUAAUAGCAUGUGGUAACUCAGUAGCUUCAUUUGCAAUGGCCGUGAGGUUUCUCACGGGACCAGCGGUGAUGGCCGCAGCGUCUAUCGCUGUCGGUCUACGUGGCACCCUCCUCCACGUCGCCAUCGUGCAGGCUGCACUACCCCAAGGAAUUGUUCCUUUUGUUUUUGCAAAAGAGUACAACGUUCAUCCCGCAAUUCUAAGUACUGCGGUUAUUUUUGGGAUGUUGAUAGCGUUACCUAUAACUCUAGUCUACUACAUCGUUCUUGGAUUGUGAAAAAAAAAAAGAAAUGUUAUUUUAAAAGGUUUAUGAAGUGUCCAAGACAAUUGGAAUAAGGAAUUUUUGAGUUGAUGUAUGGAUCAUGCUACCUCCAUCUUUAAAUGUUGUAUUUUUUAAUAUGCAUAUUUUCAAGAAAUGGGGAAAGCAAGGAAGGAGAAAGAUGGGAGACAAACUUGAGUAGAAAAGGGGAAGUUUAAUCUUUUUUGGGAAAAAAGAAACAUGUUAGUGAUAUAUUAGAAAAAAAGUUUAGGAUUGAUGGGAAGGAGAAUUGUGUUUUUUUUUUAAUGAAUUUGGGUUCUUGGUUGCUUGUGGCAUGUGCAUCAUCUCUUUUGAUGUAAUUAUUUAAGGUUUAAUUAUGAUGUAAAGGUUUCUUGGGUUAUUGACUACUUAAUGGUGUGAAUAUAAUUAUCUAAAAGUUGCAUAUA